AUGUGCACAACCGUAACCCUCAAACACAUAACCUGCACACACACACUAACCAUCCACCGCACCUGCGCCCGCUACCCACUCUGCGAACUCACCACGCAGGUGCAGCGUGAACGGGGAGGUGAGUGCUGGGAGUGUGAUCCGGGGCAGGCGCCGCCCGAGGCGUUGUUUGGGGCGCGGAAGAAGGAGUGG